AUGAAAGAAAGGCACCGAAAGCAAAAUUACUUUCGGGAACCGGAAGAAGAAGAGCCUGAAUCUAUCAUUGGUCAUAAUGUUGACGUUCCACAGAAAUAUCUUGUUAAAUUUGUUGAUUUAAGUUUCCAAAAAUGCAAAUGGUUGACAGAAGAAGAGUUAAAUUCAACGCAGAAGGGCGAAUUCCUUCUCAAAUAUUAUAAAGCAACACCAUCAUUGCAUAAAACAGAAGAACCAUUCUACAAUCCAAAUUAUAACGAAGUUGAUAAAAUUAUUGAUAACGACAAACAAAAAUAUUUAGUCAAAUGGAAGAAUUUACCAUAUACACAACUCACUGUAGAGCGAGAAGUUCCAAAAGAUCUUCUAGAACUCUAUACAAAUCGAAAAAAGGCAAAAUUUCCAUCUUUCUCUGAAAAGAAGUCAAUAACAAUAGAAAAUAUCGCAGAAAUACCAUCAGAAAUCACAUUAAAUGACGAAAAACUUCAUAUUCUAUCGUCAGAAUACGUUAAAACAAUUUAUUAUGCAUUAAUACAUGGUGAAAACAUCAGUUUAGCACAGAAUUUAUCUUUUGAUGCUAUAAAAUCUACUGUUUGGUUCAUAGAUUUCUUAAAUUCUGAACAUAAACUUGUAGGACCUUAUUUAAUCGUCACAGAUGCUGCAAACAUCGAAAAAUGGUAUUCCUUCUUAAACAGCUUACCGAAUAUAUCCACAGUUUGCUUCGAAGGCUCUCCAAUGGAAAGAGAAAGAAUAGAACAAGUUGAAUUUUCAAACAAAAAGAAAUUAUCAUGUCAUGUUAUACUAACUACUCAGAGAAUUAUUCCUCUCGAGUUCGAAUUCUUCAAUUCUAUUACUUGGCGUGCAAUAUUUUAUCAUAAACCAUUAUCUCAAUUUACAACAAAGUAUUCCAGCCAAUUACAAGCCACCAUGACCGUUACUCUCAAACAUUCUACUCCAAUCAAUGGAAAUAUUGCAAAAAGUGUCUUAAAAUGCUUCCAAGAGCUAGAAAGCAGGAAUAUCCUCGAUACAGACAAAGAAUACAUUGUCAAACAUCUUUCUGACAUGACAGAUGAUGCUUCUGAACAAGAAGACAGCAAUUCAUUAAAAUGUUAUGCAGUAUUUCCAACUUUGACAGCAGUUCAGAAGCAAGCAGCCCGUAUUAUCUUAUGGAGAUUCAGAGAAUCCAUCAAACAAGGCAAAUUCAGUCCGAUUUCCUACGCAUUUGAGAGAAAUCUUGUUCAUCCCUUCCUUGUCAACACAAUGGAGUAUGAUUUAGGCUUUCCAGAGUUCCUAUCCAGCAGUUCCGCACUCGGAAUCAUCAGAAAGAUCGUAGAAGAUUCAUUAAAUAAUGGAAAGAGGACAUUAGUAUCAACAAACAUGAUUUCGGAGUAUUAUCUGUUGAUAGACUUCUUUGGCGAGCUCGGAAUCAAGUUUAAAUACGACGACGCCUCGAAACAAGAUGUAUCAACAUUUUUACAUGCCAAUUCCAUCAUGUCCGUUGUUCCAUCUAUCGACAACUUCGAUACGAUCAUCAUUAUCGAGAGUAAUCCAGGUUUCUUCAAGAUGUGGACUGAUCAUAUCUUAAAUUCCAAAAAUACAGAAGGCAAAAAGGUCUAUUUGAUCUCAAACUACCACACGAUGUUCAAGAAACCAUCCAAGAUGAAAUUCUCCGAUUACAUUUGCAGAAGAGUUGCUUUAGAAGCAUUUUCCCAAAAUUUACAAUCCGAAAUCGACGAAAUUCUUUCAAAUUCAGUUGAAUUCAAACUUGGCGACCAAAUAAAGAAACUCCGAAACUCCGCCGCAGAGCACGACAUCAAAAAAGAUGAUUUUUGGUCGUCAAUUGAAUUUUCUGACAAAGAUAUCGUCCGAAUUCCAGUUAAAGAGUUUGACAACGGCUAUCAAUUCUCUGUACACGAAAGGAAUGCCAUUGUCAAGACAGUAUCAUGUUUUUCAUGGGGAUGCUGGCAUUUGGGAAGAGAAGUUUGCGGCCUCAAUUUUUCUGAUGAAAUAAUUGAGAAACUCUGUUCGAGUUUAAUUUUAAGGUUGAAAAGUGAGAAAGCACCAUUUUCUUUACCAUUAUUUAUAGAUAACGCGUGCAAACCAAAUGAAUUGGAUAUAGAAAGUGGUGCUUUUGUUUCACAACAGUUCUUUUCAACAAUUUCUAGAUUAUCAAGUACAAUUGCUGCAAGUUUAGAAUCAGCAAAUUACAUACAUAGCUACAUUUUGGGGAAAAACAUUGAUGAUGUCUUCAUUCCUCAAAUAGCAUUGCAGUUGCCAUGCGAAGGAUGGACACAGGAUUACGACAGAAUGCUGCUUUAUGGUGUUGAUAAAUACGGAAUCAACAUGUUCGAUGUUUUUCCUGUUGACGAAAACAAAAAAUUGAGAAAAAUUUUUAAGGCGGGAAGAGAAAUUUCGCAAUACGAUGGUUUGUUGAUUAAAAGAGUCUUCUGUCUGGCAGCAACAAUAAAGAAAUUAAUAAUAGACUCUAAACCGGAUAUAGAAAUCGGAAAAAUUAAAGGUUUCGAAGAUUGGUCGGAAGAUGAAAAACGUGCCAUUGUCACUUCACUUUUGAGGUAUGGCAUUCCUGUUGACGAGAAUGGCAGCAAGAACUAUGCAGAGUUAGCAGCGAAAGUUGAUAUAUCAAGGAGUGAAGAAGAAAUUGAGAAAUUCGUUCAAAAAUGUUUGAGUUCCACUGAAAACCAAAAACUUGCAAUUGCUACGAGUUCUUCUGUCAUUGCGAUGUCGAAUUUGAGAGAAAUUCUUCAUACACAAAUAUGUGAACAGUUGUUUAAUAAAAUUCCAAGAUGGGAUGAAUUGCCAGAAGAUUGGAAUUCAUCACACGAAUUGGAAUUCUUUAAAGAACUAGAGAAAGAAGGUUUCGGAGAACAAGAAAAGAUAUUUAGAGAGAAAUUCCCUGAUAUUUUCAAAGGAAAAAUUUCUCCAACAAUUCUUCAGAAAUCUUUUGUUGUGAGAAGAAUCAAUAAAAUACAUUGGUUCUACUCUAAAAUAGAAGAUGCUUUGAAGUCAAAGAAGAAACCUGAAACAUCGUAUCCAAUACAAGUAACUGAAUCAGCUCAAAUUCUUAACAUAGGAACAGUUAUCUAUGAUAGACCUGCUUUCCACAGCGAUAGAUACAUUUAUCCUGCUGGUUACAAGUCUUGCAAACUGGCUCCGUCUUUGCAGGACCCUGAUCACAGAGUAAGAUGGAUUUCUGAGAUUGUUGACACUGGUGCAGACGCGCCAACGUUUAGAGUAUACCAGGAAGAUAAUCCAAAUGAAGUGUUUAAUGGUGCAACACCUACUGCACCGUGGAGCCAGGCAAUGAAGGCAAUUGCAAGCACAAAAUGUGAGAAAGGAAGAAUUCCAAGCAUUUCUGGUCCAGAAGCAUUCCUUCUUUCAGCUCCAAAGGUUAUAACAUUGAUUCAGAACUUGCCAAACGCUGAAAAAUGCACUAGAUAUAUCUUCAAACAAGUAUAUGAAGAAAGUGAAUCUUCAAAGAAGAAUUCUAAACAUGGAUAA